GGAUACGAUAACAAAGAAACUACCGGUAAAUUAUCUGGUUGGCGGGACCAGGGUAAUGUGAGUAUAAGAGGUCGAUCGCAACCUCUUAGGAAACCACCUGCUCCUCGGCCGCCAGUGACCAUCAGGAAAAUAAUCAACCCUCCUAAAGCCCAAUUCUUUCAAGAAUAAAUCGAAUCAUCUUUAAAAGAGAGAAAAACAUGUCUCUACCAACUUCCACCCCAAUUGAAGGUCAGCUCUCCACCGGCCUCCCAGAAACCUUUUCCCACAUAACUACCCACGAUCCCAUCACCAAGCAAGCCGUCUUCCACUCCUCCCGCCCGGCAUCCUGGAAAGUUUUCGAUGGCCACCAAAUGGCCUUCAACGUAGUCUACACCACCUCGACAUUCCCAGUAGACUUGAGUAACGACGCCGAUGUCAAGGCCCAUGACAAGAUGAUGGAGGAGUACAAACUCGGGUUGGUAAAUCCUGGCGGCACGGUCCUGCGCAUGGUGGAUUUUGCUCCCGGAUAUGAGUGCAUCAUGCACAGGACUGAAUCUCUGGAUUAUGGGAUUGUGCUGGAAGGAAAGGUAGAGGCGCUGCUGGAUUCUGGUGAGAAGAGGGUUGUUACUAGGGGCGACGUAGUGGUGCAGAGAGGGACGAUGCACGCUUGGAAGAAUCCUAGUGAGACGGAGUGGGCGCGGAUGAUUUUUGUACUGCAGGAGUCCAAGGAGGUGGUUAUUGGUGGGGAGGUGCUUGGGGAGAACUUGGGUGCGGGGGUAGAGGGGCUGCCGAGUAGCCGUUAGGUUACGGUGCUUGGUGAUUCGUGGAUAAGUCACUACUUGAGUAAAUGCAAUUAUCAACUAAUUUUUAUUUAUUUUUCUAAUUGAAGAAUUAACUUGGAUAUCCUAUU